CGCACGCACACUCACACUCACAGAGCCUCGGACACACAGGUAAAAUGGCGUCGGGGGCCAUUUCAGUGGAGACUAAGAAGAUUACAGAUUUACGUGUGGUAGACCUCAAAUCAGAACUCAAACGAAGAAAUCUGGAUGUUACUGGGGUAAAAAAUACACUCGUCGCUAGGUUGAAGCAGGCAAUAGAAGAUGAAGGUGGAGAUCCAGACAACAUUGAGAUCACCGUAUCAGCUGAAACACCCACGAGAAAACACAGCAAAUCUAAAGGAAAGAAGACCGACCUGGAUGCUGACACCAUCAUGGAAGAGGAAUCCUUCUCUAAGGAGACUGAGGAAGAGGAAUCUGAAAAAGAUGUAACUGAUACUGAUGAUGCUACUCGUGACAAUUCUAAAACCUUCUCCUGUGAAGACGGCCUUGCAGAGCCCGAGGCUGAGGUAGGAGUGGAGCCUGAUCUUGAGGCUGAAGCAGAAGCAGAACCCGAACCCGAGCCCGAUCCUGAUGCCGAGAUUGAGGCUGAGAGAGAAGCCGAGCCUGAAGUCCCAGCGAUGGAAGCCUUGGAGAGCGAACCUGCUCCUGAACCCAUAAAAGAAGUUGAGGAUGACAAUAUAUCUGUCACCAUCCAGGCCGAAGAUGCCAUCACGCUGGAUGUAGAUGGCGACGAUCUCCUGGAAACAGGUAAACAUGUGAAACUUCCAGAUUCUGAGGCAGACAAGGGCUGCGAAGAGCCUGAGGCCACUGCUGAGAUGGGGCAGGAGAUAGACUCACUGACUGAAGCGAUAGAUGGCCACAAGGAUGGUAAGAGAGAUGACGGGCUGAUGUCUGACGCCGCCAAGAAGGACAGCAGAGAGGCCUCGAAGAAAGGAGAAACAGGAGACAAGGAAAAGGAUUCUGGGAAGAAAGGCCCCUCUUCAACUGGGGCGACAGGUCAAGCAAAGAGCUCUUCAAAAGACAGAGAUGGAAAGACUACAAAAGAUGAAAAAGGAAGUGGCAGCAGCAGUACCAGCUUUACUCGCAAUCUGUGGGUGAGCGGCCUGUCGUCCAACACCAAAGCAGCUGAUCUCAAGAACCUCUUUGGCAAAUAUGGAAAGGUUUUUAGUGCCAAAGUGGUCACCAAUGCUCGUAGCCCAGGAGCCAAGUGUUAUGGAUUAGUUACCAUGUCAUCCAGCGCAGAAGUGGCCAGGUGCAUCUCUCACCUGGACCGCACAGAACUCCAUGGACAACAGAUAUCUGUGGACAGGGUGAAAACUGACCCAUUUAAAAAGGACUUCUCAAAGAAAGAGGGAGAAGAGAAGACAAGUUCCAGUAAAAUUUCUGGAGAAAAGCGCACUCCAACUGGGGCAAAAACUUCCAGCAAGACACCAGUUUUAUCUAAGAAGGAAGAGAAGAAAUCAGACAAAUCAUCUGAGAAGGACUGCAAAGACGUCAAAAAACAGGACUACAAAACCAACAAAUCUGAUGCACCUUCUUCCAAUUCAGGAGCCGACGCAGCAAAGAAAGAUGACAAGAAGCAUGGACGAAAGAGUCCAGGCAAUAUGAUGGUGAUCAACCAAGCUAAAGGAGAGCAAAACUUCAAUAAAUUUCGUCCUCCUUUCAGAAGGGGCGGGAGGUUUGAGAAGCCUGGUCCUCCCAACAUGAUGAACAGACGUCCCAGAGGGUUCAUACCACCUGAGGAGAUGGAGAAAGGCCGUCCCAUGCUUAACAAAGGUGGCAACAAAGACAUCCUGCCGUUUGAGAAGAUGAAGGAACAGAGGAUGCGUGAGCGCAUGGUCAGGAUGGAACACAUUCGCAGGGCUAUGGAACUGCGCAGACGGCGCGAGGUAGCAGAGCGAGAGCGCCGGGAGAGGGAACGAAUCCGUAUUAUGCGUGAGCGUGAGGAAAGAGAGAACCUGAUGAGAGAGCGGCAAAGGCUGGAGGUGGAAAGGCAGAAACUCGAACGUGAGCGCAUGGAGAGAGAGAGACUGGAACGGGAGCGGAUCCGUAUAGAGCAGGAGCGACGCAAGGAAGCGGAGCGUUUAGCUCGUGAACGCGAGGAGCUAAGACGGCAGCAGGAACAGUUGCGCUAUGAGCAGGAGAAACGAAACAACUUAAAGAGGGGACGCGACGUUGACCAAAGGAGGGAAGAUCCAUACUGGAAUAGUGGUAAAAAGAUGCAGACUGAGCCAGAGGGACGGAUCAGUCAAGGCGGAGAUUACAACAAUCGACAACAGAACCGCUUCAAUGAUUUCAACCCUAGAGACCGGAACCGAUACCAGCAGACAUCAGCUGUGCAAUCCAACAACUUUGAUAGACGCAAUCGCUUCGAUGGUGAACCUGAAUCAAAGAAGAAUCGACCUGCUCCUCGCCGUGAAGGCUCAGGGUUUGAGCGCUAUCCUAAAAACUUUGAAACCGUGCGGAGAGCAGAACCACCACCUCCACCUCGUGCAGAGCUGCGCGACAGCGAUCGCCGAGAAAUCCGCGACCGUGAUGAGCGCAGACAGGUGUCCAUGCCUGAUCGACCAGCUGGUGGCAGAGCGCCGCCCCCCACCAGUGCCCACUCCCGUACCCCCAGAGACGGCAGCCAUGCUGGCUGGAAGACUGAUGGGGGAAUGAAUACAAAACAAGGAGAUGUCAGGGCAGCGCGGAUGCGUCCAGAACGUCCUGGCAGAGAGGGUCCCGGACCUGCCAUGAGGGGGGUGUCCACAGCCAGCCGUGGCAGAGCCAGCUUCAACAGCCGAGACGGUGGCAGACCUGUGGUCAUGGGAGACCAGCAGCACUUCAGCAGUGGCAGACAGGUGGUGGUGGAGCGGCAUGGACGCGAUCAGGGCCCCAGGAAAGACUGGCACGGGGCAGCAGGCUCACAAAGCGGAGGAUUCACAGAUAACCACCGAAUGGGGGACAGUCGACCUGGCAUGAUGGCACCACACUCCAGUCAUUCCUCUUCUGGUAUGAACAGAAUUGUGCAGAUCACUAAUGUUCCCAUGGCCGGCGGCAGCGGAGGAUUCAAGCCCUUCAAAGGAAGGUUCUAGCAUCUGACUCGCCACAGUGGAAAAAAUUUAAUUUUUUUAAUUAAAUGUUUUUAAUUGGUUGAACUUAUAGCCAUUAGAUUAUUGUAAAGAUUCAAUUUGGUUGAUUUUGUUGUCUUUAUAAAAGGCUUUACAUGUAGAUUUUUGUUUCCUGAACUGUUCUCUGGUGACCUGUAAACAACCUUUGUGCACAUACAUGUUCUCUUGGCAUUCUAUAGGUGCAACUGUACAGCUUAUUUCUUAACCAGUGUUUGUUUAGAUAACCUUAACUUCAUGUUUCAGAUACUCUCAUAUGCUUUGGGCAGACUACUGCGUGUAGCACUGGACACAUCUGUAAUUCCGUUAACAUUUCAGUAUGUGGCUUUUUUGAUGGUUCUACAACUUGAUAUUAAAUUGUGGAUUAUGACCAUCUCUGUAUAGUUUGCUUCUGUUUGUGCCGCUGUAUCCGCCCACAGUUGAGUCUGUGUAGGAAAAACUUUAGGAAAUCUGAAGUUGAAGACUGAAUGACAAUCAGAAGAAUCACACAGACUCACGGACCAGAUUUCCUUUAAUCAGACGUAUUGUCCCUCGUCGAAGGCAUUUGUUACAGAAAAGUUGUCCAUCUACUUUUUGACACUGUUGGGCUACAUAAAUGUUUUUGGUCAUUAAUGAACCUUACACACAAUGGAAGGUUGACCCUUAUAAUAUCCUGAUUUUUAUUUUUUGUCCUUUUUCUUUUUGCUACGUUAAAAUGUUUUGUGUAAAUAUACACGUAUAAAGGAUAUAAAAUAGAAAUUGUAAUGGGACUGUUUUUUAAAAAUGAUUUAGAUGCACAUGUUGUAUUCAGUUGUUAAACAUGCAUCACAACUGCAUUUCCAUUACGGACUGACCCGGUAAUAUUGACAAGACAAAUGCACCAGGAGAAAACUUUCCAGUUCCCAUCAUUGGCAGAAAGUACGUGUGCCGUGUGUAAUGUGUGGCAUUUCAAUAUUACUUGAAAUUCAGAAGACAAUUACCCUCCCUGGUCGUUAGUCUUAAAUCACCCUUGGUAAUGCCCUACCAACAUGGAUCAACUCAUCAUUUGUUGCUUUCAUUCCCACAUCGCUUGAUGGCACUGAGAUAUGAAAACAUCAAAUUAUAUUCAUGAGAUGUCUUGCAAACAUUUCCUAUCUGGAAGGGCAAGGAACAUAUCUAAAUGGCAGCAUUUACUGUGAAACAACCAUUAGAAAGUUCCUUAUGUUCAGUUCUUUAAGCUCCAUAAGUACAAGCCUUAUUGCAAAAAUGGUAUUUAUUGAGUGUUAUGAAUCAGGUUCAGCUGUAACCAGACAAACUCUGGUGAUUCUAAUUUUGUAAAAAGAGGUAUGUUUCUCAUCUAGUGCAUUAAAUGUAACAGUGCAUAAAGAACUAAAAUGGUCUAGGACCUAUAAUGGAGCUUCAAUGGGUGCUGCACACCAACGGCCAACUAAGCAGACAAGGCCUUGGAAUAUUUACUGAUAUUAUUUGGAGGUCAAAAAUAGCUUUAGCUAAAUAGAUUAAACUGUUUGAAGCCAUUUUCCAUCUAUUUACUCUUUGAAAUGGGCUUUCUGUUUUCUUUAUGGAGAUCGCACCCACAGACUCCACUUUUUCCCCAUUUCUAUAAAUAUGACAUUUCAGUAUGUAUCCCACUAACAUGUAUGUUCUUGUUCUUUACACAUCUGCAGUUAACAAGAUUAAUUUAGAAGCAAAUGAUUAAAGCUGAAGCACAUUACAGUAGAAUAAAGUUAUUGGCAAUCAAUACAAAUGAGACAAGCUAAUGCACAGGGGGUACAUAUUGUGUGUGCUGGAGAAGUCUGUUGCACAUAGUCCUUCAUCACUCCUGAACCAGACAUGCCACUGAUCAAAAGCACCUUGGAAUGUCCAUAUUUAACCUGACCUGCAAGUGUAACAGUUGAGGAAGUGUUUGAAUCAGAAACUGUUUACAGAAUGAAACGUUUGUUCUCCCAAGUUUGAUGAAAACGGAUGAUUUAUUUAAUAUCAUCCCAUUUCACCUCACCAACCCCAGUACAAACCCUUUAAGACAUUUCUCUCCCAACUCUAUAGUGACUAGCUUGUGCUUCCUACCAUGACACCAGUUGCAGAGGUGAAAGAAGCUCACCGAUAUAUGAAUGUAAAUCUAGUUUGUGUAGUGUAAAACCAUAGUGAAUGUGUAACCUAACCAUAACCCUGGAUGUUAUUAUAGUGUACCUUCUAGGGAAUGAUAAGAACAUGACAAAUACAGACUGUUGUGCACUUUCUGGCUGAAGGUUUAGGAUGAUUAGGAUGCCAACCAGUUAAUCUCAGGUAACAACAAAAAAUAUAUAUAUAUUUACGAUUUCUCUUAGAAGCCCAAUUUGGGGAUGAAAUAGUAGUUACAAUUAUAAAGUUUAUAGGGUUGUUCAUAUCAAGGACGAUAACUAUAAAGUUUAAAGCUUUCCAAAUUACAUGACAUUGCGUAUUCCACAGAGAAACAAUGGAAUUUCAGAACGUUUUUUUUUGUUUAGCUGAAGAACGACAAACUUUUAAAAAUCUCGAGCAUUUAAUACAUUACUACAGCACGCUUAUAAUAAACAUAGCGUUAUUAUCCGUUGGUGUGGACACUAGUCAGAUUACACAACAUAUUGAAUUUGACGUGACGACGA